AUGUACCAAAACCGGCUACUGGACCCGACGGGCGCGUCUCUUGUCCCCACUAGCAAGAAGAGGAAAGGUGGGCCACGUAUCGUGAACCGGCAGGCAAAGGGCAACUACAAGAAGCUACUUUGGUUCAAACAACCCUUUCCCGAUAACUACACAGAUGAGACCACAUUUCUUGACCACCUUCAGCGAAAUCCAAGAUUGCAGCCAUAUGAAUUUUGGUCACUGAUGGGUGACGCCACGGUUAUCGUGCAGCAUCUUGCAACAGUGGUAAUAUUUUGUUGCUGUUUCGUGGCCAUCAUUCAUGAUAGGGUGUCGCCUGUCGCGAUAGUCGGCUGGGCCACUUUGUGCACAGUUCUGGCCUGGUUCUUAUGGGAUCAUUGGAUGGGCCAGGAGUUCGAGACCGUUUCCAAUGUAGAACCAACACCCGCUUCAGACACAGACAAUGCAGGAAUGAAACCCUCGCCAGCGCUCUCAGGACGAGCUCAACAGCGUCUGGCAACUGCCAAAUCAGCUUUACUGAUUUAUGCGGCUUUACUUGGGCUUAGUCCAAUUCUCAAGUCGCUUACACGCUCCACGACAAGUGAUUCAAUAUGGGCGUUGAGCACCUGGCUGCUCAUGAUGAACGUUGCCUUCUUUGACUACAGUGGAGGUACGGGUGCACAAUUACCAGCUUCGAUAUCUACGAAUUCGGCCAUGAUGGCGUCGGCUGUUCUUGCCUCGCGCCUUCCAUCCACUACGCACGUCUUCUCGUUGACUCUCUUCUCUAUCGAAGUUUAUGGACUGUUUCCAAUAUUCCGUCGUCAACUCCGCGCUCGAUCUCCAUGGGGUCACCUCGCCCUCACCAUUACACUGGUAACAGGCGCAUGGGGAGGCCUUUUUAUCACCUUGACAGGAAGAGGUCGCGGCGCGUUCUUGGCAGGCGCGAUCGUAGGAGGUAUCCUCACUCUUUUGAGCAUGGGCGUCUGCAGUUGGUGGCUCAUCGGUCUCCAGAAGUAUAAAAAUGAGAUUCGUGGUCCCUGGGAUCCAGCAAGGCCCGUCAUCCGACGGCAUUGGGAUUGA